AUGGCCGGGGACGUGGCACUGCUCCUCCCCGCGGUGGCCCUGGCAGGCUGGUGUCCCCUGUCACCCGCAGGCGCCCAGACCACCCAGCUCCUGCUGGAUCCCCCCUGGACGCCGGCGGUGCUGUGGGACGAGGUGACCCUGACCUGCCAGGGCUCGGGGACCCCCGGGGACACCACCUGGUUCAAGAACGGGCGGCCCUGGGGGCAGAAGGGACGCGACAGUGUCCUUGUCACCAAGGAAGGCACCUACGAGUGUCACAGAGACGGCACCGGGUUCAGCCCCACCGUGCUCGUGUUAGACGACUGGCUGGUGCUGCAGGUCCCGGCGGGGCCGCUGCUGGAGGGGGACAACGUGACCCUGCGCUGCCGGGCCUGGGAGAGCUUCAUCACCCGGGUGCGGUUCUACCACGAGGGGAAGGAGCUGCGGGGGUCCCUGGAGGGGAUGCAGCUGUCCCUGCCCCCGCUGCAGCUGCACCACGGGGGUCGGUACCUCUGCAAGAGCACGUACAGGCUGUCGGUGGAGGUGACAGUGACAGUGCACGAGCUCUUCCCGGUGCCGGUGCUGGAGGGUCCCUCCGAGCCCACCGAGGGGUCCCCCCUGAAUCUCCGGUGCCGCAGCCCCCCCAGCCCCCUGCGGCCCCGCGCCCGCCUCCUGCACCUCUUCUACCGGGACGGGGUGCUGGUGGGGGGCCCGCAGGGGUCCCCCCAGCUCCACGUGCCCGCCGUGGGGGUCUCCCACUCGGGGGGUUACACGUGCGAGGUGCGCUCCGGGGACGGUUCCGUGCGGAAGAGCAGCGCCCGGCUCCGCCUCGCGGUGCGCAGGAUCCCAGUCUCGGGGGUGUCCCUGUCGGCGCAGCCCCCGGGGGGGCGGGUGGCACUGGGUGACCUGCUGGCGCUGAGCUGCGCGGUGGCCGCGGGGACAGGCCCCCUGUCCUUCUCCUGGCACCGGGGGGGCUCGGCCUCGCCCCUGGGCACCGGCCCCCGCCUCGAGCUGCGCGUCGGGGGCGAGGACAGCGGCCACUACCAGUGCCGGGUCACCGACGGGGACAGCGCGGCCCAGAGCCCCCCCCUGCGUGUCACCGUGCUGGUGCCCGUGGCCAACGCCACCAUCACCCCCGUGGCCAACGCCACCGUCCCCCCCGUGGCCGAUGCCACCCCCGUCCCCCCGGCCCACCGGGUGGGCACCGGCGCCCCGGUGACCCUGCGCUGCUCGGUGCGGGCGGGCUCGGCCCCCGUGACCUUCUGGUGGCUGCGGGACGGGCGGGAGGUGGCCCGGGGGCCCCUCCUGGCGCUCGGGGACGCGGAGCCGCGACAUUCCGGCACCUACCGCUGCGUGGCCACCAACCAGCUGGACGGGCACCGCGUGUUCCGGGCGCUCAGCCCCGAGCUGGCCCUGCUGGUGACACCGCGGGGACACCGGGACACAGCUUCCAGGAAAACCCAGGACAGGGCCCCCCCGGACCUCCAAACCCCCCCGGAGGAGGAGGGGGAGGUGCUUUACGCCGACGUCACGGUCACUGAGCGGGCAGGGGCAGCCCCCCGGGGGUCCCGCAGUGACCCCCCCCAGGUGACCUACGCGGAGCUGCCGGGACCCCGCGGGCGCCACCGGGACUCCAGUGACAGCUACGAGAACGUGCUGUGACA